GAAUCUUCUGGCGAUGAUAUUUUCCAUUAAAUGCCCCUUCCGAGCUCUGAAAAGUGAUUUACACUUCCGACCGAAACCAGACGAUCAGCGUUUCACGAAAUCACUGCCGGAGAAAUGGAUCCGAACCCUAAUAACUAUCCGAUUCUCUCCUUUGUAAUGUCCAAACUCCCGAGCAUCGGCCCCCGACGCGCUGCCGGAGAGGAUGAAUUUGACGUCGAGCAACCGAAGCCAAGGUCGCCGCAGGCGCAGGAGCCUCAUUUCGAGCUCACCGAGCGGAUGCCCCACCUCACCGACCCGAAGGUUGCUGCCGCCAUGCGGCUCGCCGUCGCCGACGUAUCGCAGGCGCGAUCUAUGCUCAAAUCCUUAGGCGAACAACCGGAUCACGAGAUGGUGGACACUGCAAAGGUGAAGCUCACGGAGGUCGAUGCUUUGCUGGCUAAGAAGCUGGAGGAGAUUGUGCUGGCGCCGCGGCCGCCGGAGGUGGAUCCGCAGGAGUGGAGGUCGAAGCUGGCGGAGAAGGAGGCCGAGUGCAGGAAGGAGGCGGAGAAGGAGAAGGAAUUGCACAAGGCGGUUAUUGCGUUGGAGGAGGCGCAUAAGUCCUACGCUAGUCUGUUGAAAGAUGCGGAGAAUAAGUUGGAGAAAAUUUACGCGGUGGCUGUCGCCGGAGGUGAUGUGUCCGCCAUAGCGCUGGAAGAAUCGGGAGAUAAGGAGCUGGCGGUGAAUGAAGAGGUGAAUGAGGAAGUUGUGGCGAUUUUGCAGGAGGCAUCAGGGAAAGCAAUCGAGAAAGUUGAUUUAUCUGGCAGGCAAUUGACUUUGCUGCCUGAAGCUUUUGGGAGAAUUCGCUCCUUGGUUGUGCUAAAGUUGUCCAACAAUCAGCUUGAGGCAAUUCCUGAUUCAUUUUCAAGUCUGGAGAACCUCCAAGAACUUUAUCUUUCUAAUAAUCUUUUGGAGUCACUUCCAGAUUCCAUUGGUUUCCUGGUUAACUUGAUGAUCUUGGAUAUCUCUAGUAACAAACUAACUGCCUUGCCUGAUAGCAUCUGCCAGUGCAGAUCAUUGGUGGAGUUGGAUGCAAGCUUCAAUCAACUCGCUUACUUGCCAACCAACAUUGGGUUUGAGCUGGUGAAUCUUAAAAGACUUUCUAUUUUCUUGAACAAGCUUCGCUCCCUUCCCACAUCUGUUGGUGAGAUGAGAUCCUUGCGUGUUCUAGAUGUGCAUUUCAAUGAGCUUCGAGGACUUCCACAUUCAAUUGGAAAGUUGUCACAUCUUGAAAUCCUCAACCUAAGCAGUAAUUUCAGUGAUCUUACCGAACUUCCUGACUCUCUUGGUGAUUUGAGCAAUCUCAAAGAGAUUGAUGUGAGCAACAAUCAAAUCCGUGAAUUGCCUCAUUCAGUUUCCCGACUUGACAAUCUUACCAAGCUUAAUGUGGAUCAGAACCCUCUUGUGAUUCCUCCAAAGGAAGUUGUAAAUGAAGGAAUCCAAGCUGUGAAAGCUUAUCUGGUUAAAAGACGACUUGACAUAUUGAUGGAAGAAGAGCGACAAUACACGAAAGAAGAUGUGGACCAAGCACCGACCAACAUAUUAACUCGUAGUGCUACAUGGUUAACUAGGGUUGUUUCAAAUGUUUCUGAGUCUUUUACUGGCUAUUUGGGUGUCACCGGGAACUCUGAUGCUGACCAUUACCUCAAUCAGCAGUUGUGAUUUCAGUUUCCGCUUAAGUUUUCCCUAUGUUUUCUGUCUGCAUCAAUGAAAAGAUUGAAGAUACAAUACAUAAAGUUGCGGCUGGCUUUUCUUCUCAUGUGAAGCGAAUAAUUCCUUUUUUCUUUCUUGUAACCUAGUUGCCAGAAGCUCUCAUUUAGUUUGUAAGUCCAUAAGAUGAGCUUCCUUCUCAGCUCUUUGGCUUUUGCCACAAGCAAAUGCCAACCGAAGGUCCAACUUCCUACAGGAUUUGUUGCUAUCAGAUUAAACAGCUUAUCUUUCUAUAUUGGAAUAGCAUAUACAUUUUGGAAAUUUUUGCUGGUA